AUGGAUAGAGACUCCUGUCUCAUGCUGCUUAAGCUUUCUGGAUUCAGUGAGAAGAGCGAUAUGGAAUUGACCAUCUCAGUCCCUACGUCAGCCAUAUUUAAAGCUUGUGGUCACGUUAUUGGCGCCAUGACCUACUUUUCUAUGGAACUACUGGAGCUUGUCCGCGCAUGCUUACCGGAAAUAGCGUCAAACUUGUUACUGGUGUUUGGAAAGGCGCUGAAGGGUGAAAAGUCUGUGACGGUGGAAAAUACUCAGUCGUUAGUGGAAAGCAAUGUGGGAAGCGAAAUAUUACAGCGAUUGAAUAUCCAAAUGGGCUCGGAUGCUGCUAGUAUACCGGAAGCAGUUCCGGAAAUGUUAGACAAAGUAUUCUGGGUAUUGUUCGCAGUCCAGGGAAACUCUGAGGCUGCUGGUGUCUGGUAG